UACAAAUCACAAAAGAGAAAUAGAGACAUUUAAGUAGCGACCAGCCUUCCCAUUCCCCAACACCAACCAUUAAUAUUCAUUUUCGAAACUCCCAGCCAUGUCUGCAAAUUCUUCCUUCAAACUCCAACCCUCCUCCUCUUCCAUUGAUGAUCACUCUGCAUCUCCUCCAUCAAAACUCCCACUAAAGCCCAUCCCCGGCAAAUACGGCCUCCCAUUUCUCGGACCCAUCAAAGACCGCCUCGACUACUUCUACAACCAAGGCCUCGAAACCUUCUUCCGAACCAGGAUCGAGAAACACCAAUCUACCGUCUUCCGAACCAAUAUGCCUCCCGGCCCUUUCAUUUCCUCCAACCCCAGAGUCAUUGCUGUUCUUGAUGCUAUCAGCUUUCCCAUACUCUUCGACACGUCAAAGGUUGAAAAACUCGACGUUCUCGACGGCACUUACAUGCCCUCCAAAUCCUUCACCGGCGGCUACCGUGUUUGCGCCUACCUCGACCCCUCCGAACCCAACCACACCGUUUUCAAGCGCUGGUUUUUCUCUCUUCUCGCCGCCCGCCACCACAGCUUCAUCCCGCUCUUCCGAAACUCCUUGUCGGAGCUUUUCAUCAACCUCGAAGAUCAGUUAUCCGACAAACCCGGGGAAGCAUACUUCAACACUCUUAGUGACAGCAUGUCCUUCAACUUCGUGUUUAGGCUCUUCUCUGAUCGAAGCCCUUCCGACACAAAACUCGGAUCGGACGGUCCCAAACUGUUUGACAUGUGGCUUUUUGUCCAACUUGCGCCGUUGAUGACACUUGGGUUAUCCAAGUGGCUAAACUAUCUUGAAGAUUUGUUGUUGCACACCAUUCCUUUACCAUCAUUUCUGGUGAAGUCCAGAUAUAAGAAGCUAUACGGUGCGUUUUAUGAGUCAACGAAGCCGAUUUUGGAUAAAGCGACUGAGGAUUUCGGGCUUAAAAGAGAUGAGGCUUGCCAUAACCUAGUCUUCAUGGCUGGUUUCAAUGCGUACGGUGGAAUGAAGACGACGUUUCCCGGUCUGAUCAAGUGGGUCGGAUUGGCAGGAGAAAAGUUACACCGGCAGUUGGCUGAUGAGAUCAGGACCGUUGUUAGAAAUGAAGGUGGGAUCACUUUAUCUGCGUUGAAUAAGAUGACUUUAACGAAGUCAGUUGUCUACGAAGCAUUGAGGAUAGAACCUCCGGUUCCCUUCCAGUACGGGAAGGCAAAGGAGGAUUUAGUGGUCUACAGCCACGAUGCUGCUUUUGAGAUCAAGAAGGGGGAGAUGAUCUUCGGAUAUCAGCCGUUGGCUACCAAGGAUCCCAAGAUUUUUGAAAACCCGGAGGAAUUUGUGGGCCAUAGGUUUGUGGGUGAGGGAGAGAGGCUGCUCAAGUACCUUUACUGGUCGAACGGACGUGAGAUUGAUGAUCCAACGGUGGGGAAUAAGCAGUGUCCGGGGAAAGAUCUGGUGGUUCUAUUGUCUAGGGUAAUGUUGGUGGAGCUUUUCCUCCGUUAUGACACAUUUACGGUUGAGGCUGGAAGGUUGCCGUUAGGAUCAUCGGUUACGUUCAAGUCGUUGACCAAGGCCACGGGGAGUUGAUCUUGGUCAACUAUAUAUAAACCCUUUCUUUCAUAUAUAGUUUAAUUUCACUUAUCAUGUUGUGUGGAAUUGAAGUAGUACUUGAGUUUGCAUGGAGCUCAGCUCAUUUGAUCAUUGUAAAGCUCUUCCCAUUGUGCAUGUCUUUCUUCUUUUAUUUAAUUUAUU